CAAAGAUAUGCAGGCACUGAUAAAUACAGGAAUUAUAAAUGUACACUUUGUCUAUACCGGCAGUCAGUCAAAUUCAAGCAAAUAGUUGAGGUAGACACAAAAUGAAUUCGAGCGGCAUAAUUCCAGACAUUAUUGAUGCUAGUCCUAAAGCGCUAGUGCAGCUCUCUUAUCCAAGUGGUGUGAAAGUUGAACCCGGUAAAGAACUAACACCCACUCAAGUAAAGGAUCAACCCACAGCUAGUUGGGAGGCAGAAGACGAUGCCCUAUAUACCUUGUUCAUGGUAGACCCCGAUGCACCAUCCCGUGCCGAGCCGACGUACCGUGAAAUUUUACACUGGUUGGUUGUUAAUAUUCCGGGCAAUAAAGUAGCUGACGGCCAAACUAUUGCCGAAUAUAUUGGUUCCGGUCCACCAGAGGGCUCUGGCUUGCACCGUUAUGUUUUCUUAGUAUUCAAGCAGGCGGGCAAGAUUGAAGCUACGCAAUUCAUACCAAAAACGUCUCGUGAAGGUCGUGUUAGUGUGAAGACAAGAGAUUACAUUGCGAAAUACAAUUUGGGUGAUCCGAUCGCUGGAAACUUUUAUCAGGCUCAAUACGAUGAUUACGUGCCGAUAUUAAAAGCACAAUUAUCUUAAUUAAUUACACAAACAAAUAAUUAAAAAUAUAGAAACAUAUCAACUUUAUUAUAUUUUUAUA